CCUUUUUGAAGCGCUGCUGUAAAGUAUUAGAUCAAGAUGCGCGAGAAGAAGAGAUCCACUUGGGAACGUAGACCGGGAAAGAAGUGUUUUGACAGACACCUCCUGUCCACUUGUUGGCUUGAAAGAGUUUGCGGCUGAUUUAGAGUCUAUUGCUGCUGACGAUAAGCUGAGUUCUUCAACAUGAAAUCAAAAAAGUGGAAGAAACUGUUAUGUUACAUAGAGGGGGGCAAUCUCCUCAAGCUAAAGUCUUACCUUCGAAAGAAUACACGUCUUGAUGUCAAUUAUGUUGUAAAAAAAGGCAGGACUCCACUGCAUAUUGCUUGUGGCCUGCAGGACGAUGCUGUGGUUCACUUGCUUCUAAAGUAUGGAGCUAGUGUACUGCUUCAGGACAACAAGGGAAACACACCACUUCAUGUUGCAGCCCAGCUGGCAAUUCGGAAAGGAAGAAGAGUAUAUGAUGACUUGUUUAUUCCCUUGAAGAAGCACUGCCCUGUUGCCAUGGAGAUUGCUAAUCAUGAAGGGGAGACACCCAGAAGCAUUAUAGAACAAAUGAAAAAUAGAAAGUCUGUAGGUUACAAAGGAUAUGUGGACUACUCCAGUAAAUUUAGAAAGCGGAAGUCACAGGAGGAAAGAGAGUGGCAGCAGAAAAUAAGUGCUGAAUGUGAUGAUGAAUACUUUGAGACCUAUGGCCAAUACGAAGAAGACUUUUACUGUAUUGAUCCUGAACCUGAAAUGUAUGAUGACUGGGCAGCGCGAAUUGCAAGAGAGUACGCUUCUAAACGCAGGAGUACUGAAGGCUGCAGCUUCCAGAAAAAUGUGACAGACGAGGAAAGAAGGAAACAGGAACAGCAAGAAUUUCAGCGAAAACUGGAGGAGGAGCACCAGCAGUACUUACUGAGAGCUCAUCAGAAGGGACAUGAGUUGAGGUGCAGCAAAAAGGAGCAGUAUGUACAGAAAUGUAGUGACAUCUUUGGCUCGAGUUCUUUGGCUAAGCUAGCAUACAGUGACAUUCCAUGGCCAUGUCGAAAUGGAGCUGUUGAGGAUAUGACAGCAGUAAUUCUUCAUGGGAUGGAUACAAGUGACAGACCAGCCUACAGACGUUACCUUCGCCAGCAGCAGGCUCUGUGGCACCCUGACAAAUUCUUGCAGCGCUGCAGUGAUCGAUUGCUGGACAAAGAUCGGGACAAAAUUCUUGCCACAGUCACAGCACUGUCACAGGCACUGAACAAGUUAUCAGAAGAAGCAAAAUGAAAGAUAAUUUACUUUUGAAUAGUUGUUGAAAUUAUAAAAAUUACAUGAGUAUUUCCGGUACUGUCACAACAUUAAGAAUAUAUACCACAAACUUACUUGCAUAAAAUUGGUAGGUUACCGCAUUAAAGAAAAAAAAAAUGAUUGGAUAUGCUUUUGUCAGAAAAAAUUAAGAAUUUAAAUGUUAUUUUACAAAACAAUAUUAAUUUUUUGCAUCAGAAGUGAUUUUAAAUGUAUGCUUUUCUUUGAAGCUUAUUUGUUUUAAUAUAGCUUUAAUGUUCCUUUAAUUGAAUGUCAUUUAACUAUGUGAUUCCAUCUUGAAACAUAUGUUCUGCAGGUGAUUAUCUUUUCACAUUUUUUGUAUAAGACUUCAGGAAAAGUUUGCAAACUGCAGGAAAAGGCAAGAAGGUCACCCUUGUUAUUUGACUAUUUUUUUUUUUUUUUUGCUGCUUUGCAGGUGGAGAACGAGCUAGCAUUGUUAGCUUUAAUAGCACAUUUACUUAAUUACUUAUUUUAUCUGGCAUAUUUGUAAAGUUAAUUUACUUCAGGGGACUUUCCAAGGUCUAUUUUGGCCAAAACUUCUCAUCAACCGAAAAACAUAGAUGGUGACAAAAUUUCCAAAAUUGUUCUUGGGUGGGGUAGCACCCUCUCAAUCCAUGGGAUGGGCUGUGCCACUUGGAUUCCCCCAUAAGGUUACUCCCCCUCAGGAGUAAAUGGGAAAAGCUCUUAAUGGGUUUACCUUUGGCUGUCAACGUUAAGCUGAUGUGUGGUUUGAAACUCCUUACAAUAAGCAAUAUAGUGAUUUCUAAACAAUACAGUUGUGUGUCUCUGAAGAUGUAAGCACUGCUGUGUCUUUAUAUGCCACAUUGCAUACCUUAAAUAGUAUGUGUGAACACAUUUGCAGAAGAAAAGCAUUUCAUCUUUUUAAAUAUAGUUCCUUGUGCCAUUUUGUUUAGUAUUUUUUAAGGUGGAAUAUACUAAAGUACAAAGUACGUCAGACAGUUCGUGCAGACAGGCCAUAUGAAGUAACUUUGUAGUAUUGCUGCCACCUUUACAACCUGGGUAAUCCCCAUCCAUGAUGCUUUUCUGAUUGCCUUUGUGUGUAUUCUGUAUCACACUGUACUAUUGGCAUUGCAGACAGCUACGUUUUUCACCAGGCUGUAUGCUGGAAAAGGUGAUAUUCUCAGAAACAGUCAGAAGGUUUAGUAUAUUUGUAGAAACAUUUAUUGUACAUUGAAAAUGGUUUCUGUGGAGUUCCUUUUGAAGCAUGAGUUGAUUGUGCCCAUAAAUGCAUACUGUGUUUA